AUGAAGUUAUGGCGCUUGUUGCGUAAUAAAAUGAGAAAUGAUGAAUUGAAAAAUAUUCAUAAUUAUUACGAGCUUCCAGUUGAGUGCGACGUUAUUUUCCUUUCAACUUGGCUGGCGAUAUCUGUUUGGGAAGAUCAUUUGAGAAAAAUAAUUGCUGAUCAAGGCUUCGUGUUCCGUUCACCGUUAAAUAUUUAUGCAUUUUACAAUAUUGAAGAAGAAAAGCCGUCAGCAGCGUUUUUCAUAAAAGAUAAUUUAGUAACUGCAAAAUCCGAGUUUGUUAGGCACAAUGAGAGUGAAAAUGCUUCAAGUAUAUAG